AUGCGAGCCCUUAAAGCCAGCCUAGGAAAUCCAAGAAGUUUAAAUUGGACCAACUCGGACUCGUGUAAAUGGUGUUACGUUAAGUGCUUGGAUAAUCGUGUAUCUGAUAUCAAAAUCGGCAACCUAACUCUGAAUGGAAGCCUCCCUUGGCUUGUCAAGAACCUUUCUUCAUUGACCGUACUAGACGUGGCCAAUAAUCAAUUGACAGGGCCGAUCCCAAGUCUUGCCGGGUUGACUUCUCUUCAAGAAGUAAAUUUUUCCCAUAAUAAUUUUUCAUGCAUGCCCUCUGAUUUUUUUCAAGGAUUAAAGUCUUUGCGAUUGGUAGCUCUUGAUAUUAAUCCAUUUUCAGCUUGGGAAUUACCUCAAAGUUUGAAAGAAGCCACAAGUUUGCAGUUUUUUACUGCAUCCCACUCCAAUAUAUCGGGGACUAUCCCUGACUUUUUCGGAAGAGAUACAUUUCCUGGAUUAAUAGAACUGCGUUUGGCUAAGAACAAUUUAGAAGGGCAAAUUCCUCCCAGUUUUGCCCAGUCUUUGGUUCAGAAACUUUGGUUGUACAGCCAGAAGUUGAAUGGAUCUGUUGCAGUCUUACAAAAUAUGACUGAUUUGACCCAACUUUGCCUUGAUGCUAAUAGUUUCUCAGGUCCCCUGCCGAUUUUAUCUGGAUUAAACAAUUUGGUGCUUUUUAGCGUGAGACGGAAUCAGUUGAUGGGUACUGUUCCAUUGUCUUCGGUUAAUUUUCCUAAGCUUACUACUGUCAGUUUGGCUGAUAAUCUGUUUCAGGGUCCAACUCCGGAGUCUAAUAAAUCCAAAGUUCAUAUGGAUAUAGACUAUGGAUCAAACAGUUUUUGUUUAGGUGACCCUGGUGUUGAUUGUGAUAGUCGAGUUAACAUUUUGCUGUCAAUUUCCGAGUCUCUGGGUUAUCCAGUAGUUUUUGCAAAGAGCUGGAAAGGAAAUAAUCCUUGCAAUGCCUCUCAGGAGAACUGGAAAGGGAUCUUAUGUGAUGAUAAAAGAAACAUUACGGUUGUUAAUUUCAAUAGUUCGGGACUUUCGGGUACAAUUUCUUCCAAUUUUUCUGAGCUUAUGUCGUUGAAAGAAUUGAUCCUUUCAAAUAAUUCACUUACAGGUUCUAUACCAAUUGAGCUUACAACUUUACCGUCCCUUGAGAGGUUAGACGUAUCUGAUAAUCGACUUGAUGGUAUAGUUCCAAAUUUCAGACUAAAUGUAAUUGUUUACAUUCGCGGAAACCCUGGUCUAAAAAUUAGUUUGCCCCCUUUGAACCCUCCUUUUAUACUUCCAGUUCCUGAUAGCCGAGGUGACAAUUCAGAUUUUAUAAAGAUUAUGAGUUUUAUAGUAGUUGCAGUUUGCGGUGUCUGUGCUCAUGGAUUAGGUGUUUAUUUGUAUACCACGAAACCAAAGUGCUCCACUUUGGUACAUAGUACGAAAUCUGUGGAGAUACAUGAUCCUCCUGGUGCAAAUACUGCCAAGAUUACCCUGAGUAUUAAUGAAGUUGAGUUUGGGAAUAUGAUUAUUCCAAUUCAAGUCCUGAGGUUUGCAACUAAUAAUUUCAGUGAGGAAAAUAUAUUGGGAAGAGGUGGUUUUGGGACUGUGCACAGAGGAAUGUUGCAGGAUGGGACAAAAAUUGCAGUAAAGAGGAUGGAAUCCAGAACGUUUACGGAGCAGUGCUUGGCAUCCUUUAAGUCUGAGAUUGAGGUUCUUACCAAAGUCCGGCAUCGCCAUUUAUUGACACUUCUUGGUUAUUCCCAGGGCAGAAUUGAGAGGCUUCUUGUUUAUGAAUACUUGCCUCAAGGGACACUCAGUAGGCAUCUGUUCAAGUGGGAGAAGGAGGGGCUGAAACCGCUCGAGUGGCAUCGAAGGUUGAUUAUUGCAUUGGAUGUGGCUAGAGGUGUUGAAUAUCUACAUGGUUUAGCAAAUCAAAGUUUUAUUCAUAGAGAUCUCAAACCAUCUAACAUCCUUCUCGGAGAUGAUAUGCGAGCUAAGGUUGCAGAUUUAGGAUUAGUUCGUCAUAGUCCAGAGAACCUAAAAUGUUCAAUUGAACGAGUAGCUGGAACUUUCGGGUAUCUUGCUCCAGAGUAUGUAGUGACGGGACGAGUUACUACAAAGGUUGACGUAUUUAGCUUUGGAGUAGUCUUAAUGGAGUUAAUCACAGGGAGAAAAGCCGUUGAUGCAACCCAUUCUGAGGAUAUCAUUCACCUUGUCACAUGGUUCCGCAAUAUGCAGGGUGACAUUGACCUUAACACCUCUUCAACUCCAAAAUCAUCUUCUUUUAUCACAGAAUCGCUUUCACCUCUUGUUACGGCAAUAACGGACGAGCCACAACAUUCUUAUACAGGAUGA